CAAAUUGGAAAAGAAACUGAAUUCCUUUUUUAUACAGUGACAUAAUAUUAUGUGUAAAAUGUCAAUUUUUUUUUAAAAACUAAACAUCAGUUUGUUUUUAGUUUUGGUUUAAUAACAAAGAAAAUACACUUGCGUACAUCUUAAUUUCAAGUUGUAAUGCAAUGAGAAUGGAUCAAGCAAAACAAAAAAGAAAGCUAUGUUAUGAGAAAAGUGAUACUUUAAAUUCAAAAAAAAGUAGAUUAGAUGAUUACUCUUUAGCACCAACGGAACCAGCUGUUAUACAUGAUCCUCUCUACCCAAGUGCAGACCAUUGGCCUAAAAGAAUUAGACCAUUAACCCUUGCAGAGGCAAAGGCUGGUACUAGAGUUCCUGUCAGAGUAUAUGCUGAUGGAGUAUUUGACAUGUUUCAUGCUGGUCAUGCAAGAGCAUUGUUACAAGCAAAAACUGUUUUUCCAAAUGUUUAUUUGAUGGUUGGUGUUUCUGGUGAUACUCUUUGUCAUCAACUGAAAGGACUCACCGUUAUGACUGAUACAGAAAGAUAUGAAGCUCUCAGACAUUGCCGUUAUAUUGAUGAAAUUAUCACCGAUUGUCCAUGGACAUUAACAAAAGAUUUUUUAGAUAAACACAAGAUUGAUUUUGUUGCCCAUGAUGAUAUCCCAUACACUUCUGACGGUCAAGAAGAUAUUUAUAAAUUUGUAAAAGAUGCUGGCCAGUUUGUAGCAACCGAGCGAACACCUGGUAUUUCCACUUCUGACAUUAUAGCAAGAAUUGUUCGCGAUUAUGACACAUAUGUUCAAAGAAAUUUAGCAAGAGGCUAUAGUAGGAAAGAUCUUAAUGUGGGAUUUAUAAAGGAAAAAGAAUUAGCAGUGAAAAAAAAAUACGAAACAUUAAAAGGUAAAUCUCAAGAGAUUCUUACUACCUGGGAAGACAAAUCGAGAGAGUUCAUAACUGAAUUUCUUUCUUUGUUCGGAAAAGAAACUAUGAAUGGUCUAUGGGAGCGCAGUAAAAAUCAAUUAAGUAUAACUGGACAACGAAUCAAGUCGGCAUUCUCUCCAUCCCAUUCUCCGUUUUCUGAGGAACUUUCUCCAUCCGGACUCCAAGCGGAAAUAAGUGAUGACGAGGACGAAUGAAUCGUUGCAAUCAACGAAUGGAUUUUGAACUUUUUAAAUAAGUAUAUUUUAACUUAAAGAAUUUCAGACUAUAUUUUUAUGCGAAAGAAUUUCAUUGUUUAUUUUA